AAAAGUGGGAUUCAUCAAAGAAUCUUUUCCUAAAAAAGGUGUUCCAUUUUCACAAUAAAAAAACACAACAAUCAGACACUGCCACACAGAAAAACAGAACACCCAAAAGCCUAUCAGAAACAAGAGUCACACAAACACACACUCUUUUCAGGUUUCUGAAUCAUCAUCAACCAUGGCAGCCACUACUAGAGCGAUAACCAUAGCCAGCAACUCAACCUACUCUCUUCUUGGUAAAAAACCAUUUCUUGGUGCCCGUUCCCUUCGUCUUAACAAUCUCAAGGUUUCUUCUAGAACUACCAGGUCUUUUACUUGUAAAGCUAUCUAUUACCCUGAGGUUACUGUUAAGGAAGAUGGUCAACCUCAAACCCUUGAUUAUAGAGUCUUUUUUCAUGACAAAUCUGGCAAAAAGGUUUCUCCAUGGCAUGAUAUUCCCUUGCAGCUAGGUGAUGGUGUCUUCAACUUCAUUGUUGAAAUACCAAAAGAAUCCAGUGCAAAGAUGGAAGUUGCCACUGACGAACCUUUCACUCCCAUAAAACAGGAUAUUAAAAAGGGGAAGCUUCGAUUUUACCCCUAUAAUAUUCAUUGGAACUAUGGCUUACUUCCACAAACAUGGGAAGAUCCAUCUCUUGCAAACCAUGAAGUUGAAGGAGCAUUUGGAGAUAAUGAUCCAGUUGAUGUGGUUGAGAUUGGUGAAAGCCAAAGGAAGAUAGGAGAGGUUCUCAAGGUCAAACCCUUGGCUGCAUUAGCCAUGAUUGAUGAAGGAGAACUUGAUUGGAAAAUAGUUGCAAUUUCAUUAGAUGAUCCAAAAGCUUCACUUGUGAAUGAUGUUGACGAUGUUGAGAAACAUUUUCCAGGAACCCUCACUGCAAUUAGGGACUGGUUCAGAGACUACAAGAUACCUGACGGGAAGCCUGCUAAUAGAUUUGGUCUUGGCAACCAGGCAGUAAAUAAGGAUUAUGCGCUAAAGGUAAUCACAGAGACCAACGAGUCUUGGAGUAAACUUGUGAAGAGAUCAAUUCCUUCAGGAGAGCUGUCACUUGUGUAAAAAUGCAUUGGCAGAGUAUCAAUUAUUCACGCAAUGCUCGCAUUUUUAAACAUUCUAUUUAUGAUGUAGCAAACUCUUCUGUUGAGCUUCUUGGUGAUGUCUUUGACAUCAAUGCCCUUUUGAUUAGGCACUAAUUGAAUACAUCCAUCUUGCUUUUGUAUUCUAAUUUUAUUUUAUUUGUCAUUGUUUAUUCA